GGCCGGGGGCCUGGUUUCCUGGUCUGAGGGAGGAGGAAUUUGGGCCCAGACUCCCAGGUCUUCCCAGCCCCCUGCCCCUCCCCAGGCCCAUCGCUGUCCUCUGUGCUGAACGAGCUGCCGAGUGCUGCCACCCUUCGGUACCGAGGCCCUGGGGUGCUGCCUUGGGGGGCGCUGGCGGAGGAGGAGGAGGAGGAUGGAGGAAGGAGCAGAAAGGCCUUCACAGAAGUCACCCAGACAGAGCUGCAGGACCCUCACCCUUCCCGGGAACUGCCCUGGCCCAUGCAGGCCAGACGGGCACACAGGCAAAGAAAUGCCAGCAGGGACCAGGUGGUCUAUGGCUCUAGAACUAGGACGGACCAAUGGGUGCGGCUACUUCGGAGAUCCAAGGAGAAAACAAAGGAAGGCUUUCGAAGCCUGCAGCCCUGGGCGUGGACACUGAAGAGGAUCGGGGGCCAGUUUGGCGCCGGCACGGAGUCCUACUUCUCCCUGCUGCGCUUCCUGCUCCUUCUCAACGUGCUGGCGUCUGUGCUUAUGGCCUGCAUGACGCUGCUGCCCACCUGGUUGGGAGGCGCUCCCCCAGGCCCUCCCGGCCCCGACAUCUCCUCGCCCUGCGGCCCCUAUAACCCCCACUCCCAGGGCCUGGUCACCUUUGCCACCCAGCUCUUCAACUUGCUCUCGGGAGAAGGUUACCUGGAAUGGUCCCCUCUCUUCUAUGGCUUCUACCCCCCCGCCCACGCCUGGCGGUCACCUACCUGUGCUGGGCCUUUGCCGUUGGCCUCAUCUGCCUCCUGCUCAUCCUGCGUCGGUCAGUGGUCUUCCCAGCCCCCUGCCCCUCCCCAGGCCCAUCGCUGUCCUCUGUGCUGA